AUGGACGGUCUGGCAGGCGCGGUGCCGCACCAGUCUCACAAGCGGAGCAACUCCCGGGUGAAGACGGAAAAGAAAAAGAAGAAGGACCUCGAGCGGAAGGGCAUCAAGGGCAAGCAGGCGCGCCACAACCCGAAGGCGUUCAGCUUCAGCGGUGGGCGCCAUGCCGUGCACCGACGAGUGCAGCACGCCAGCGAGGUCGAGGAGAAGCGACUUCGGCGCCCUCGCGUCUUCAAGGCCGCGGAGGUGCCUCCGCCGUUUGUCGUCGUGGUGCAGGGACCCGCUGGAGUGGGGAAGACAACGCUGAUCCAGUCGCUGGUGAAGCAUUACGCCAAGCGCAACGUCGCCGCCGUCAAGGGGCCCAUCACGCUUGUCUCGUCCAAGGAGCGCCGACUCACCCUGAUCGAGUGCGGCAGCUCGAUGGUCGACAUGUUGGACUGCUGCAAGGUGGCGGACCUGGUCCUCGUGAUGAUCGACUGCUCUUUCGGCUACGAGAUGGAGACGCUGGAAUUCCUGAACAUCAUGCAAACACACGGGUUCCCGAGGGUGGUGGCAGUGGUGACGCACAUGGAGGGCUUCCCCGACAACAGCGUGCUGCGAAAGGCCAAGAAGCGGCUGAAGAACCGGUUCUGGGCCGAGAUCUACGACGGCGCCAAGAUGGUCUACCUCAACGGCCUCAAAUACGGGAGGUACAAGAAAAACGAAAUAGUCAACGUCGCCAGAGCUAUCGCAUCGCAAAAGCCCACUACGAUCUCGUGGCGGCAGAGCCACUUCUACUGCGUCUGCCUGCGGCACGAGGUGCUCGGACCCACGUCGAGCAAGGACUCCGGCAAAGUGCGGGGCAGUUCCGGCAAGGCCGUCAACGGCAAAGGCGAGGAAGAUGGCGAUGACGCCACAGUGAGGGUGUCCUUUUACGGAUACGUGUACGGAUCGCGUAUCGUGGGAAAGCAGGCGCUGCAUAUCCCUGGGGUCGGGGACUUCAUCCCGGAAUCGGUGACCAACAUGCAGGACCCAUGUCCCGUCCAGACUGAGGGGCGCACGCUGAAGGACAAAAACCGCAACAUAUACGCGCCUGAGUGUGACGUCGGCAACGUCAUGCUGGACGAUGACGCCAUGUACAUCCAGCUAGCACGUGCCAAGGAGCAUUUCACCGAGAUCGCUGAUGAGGAGCCCAUCCAGUCGGAGGCCGUGAAGAUGGUCAGGGAACUCCAAAAAAGCGAGGACGCCCUGAAGUCACAGCUGCGGUCGUACAAGUUCAAGCCCGUGGGCGCAGCAGACGCACGAGCCGACGGUGACGACGGCAGUGGCAGUGAUGGCGAUUACGGCGAUGACGAAGACGCAGAUGAAGACGAGGAGGGCGAUUAUGAUGUCGAGGAUGGUUAUGGCGAUUACGCAUCUGACGACGAAGAUGGUGACGGUGAUGAUGAUGAUGAUGAUGAUGGCGAUGAUGAGGACUAUGAUGAUGAUGAUGAUGAUGAUGAUGAUGGCGAUGAUGAUGAUGAUGAUGAUGAUGGUCGUGAUAUGGGCAGCAGUAUAUCGCAGAAAUCGGCGAGCCGAACAAGGUCACGCAGAAACGAUCACGAGGGAUCGCCUGAUGGCGAUUCAAGUGAUAGUGACGGGGUGGGAUAUAACGACAUUGACGGGGCGUUCAGCUCCAGCGAGGACGAAAGCGAUUCUUCCGUGGAGACUGAAGAAGAGCGUGAGGCGCUAAGCAAUCUGACCGACGAAAUUGCCACGAAGGUAUAUGGCACGGAAUCCGUGACGCCGACUGACUUGGUGUUCGUGGAUUUUUCGAGACUAGAAGACGACAAAUUCGAUAUGGAGUGGAAUGAAGAGGCUAUGGCGGACCUCAGGUCGGAGUGCUUCCAAAACUACACAGACGAAGCUGACGUGGGUGCCGACGAUUCUGCCGCGGCGGCCGUUGCGGGCAAUGACCCCGAAAAUGAGAAGUUGGCGCGUAUAGAGGAGGCUGAGCAAAAACGACUCUACAACGAGGCCUUGGCCCUGUCAUCUGUCGGUAACGUUGGCCAAUUCGUUCGCAUCACGGUGAACGGUUUGCCUCAUGAUUUCCUGAAGCACCGCGACGCUAAUCGUGGGCGCCCGAUCAUCAUCGGCGGCUUGCAGAUGGGCGAGCAGUCGUCUGGGUACAUCCAGGUGAAAAUGCGCAAGCAUAGGUGGGCACCACGGGUGCUCAAGACAAACGACCCGCUGCUGUUCUCCAUCGGGUGGCGAAGGUUCCAGUCGCUGCCAGUGUACUGCAUGGAUGAGCGCAACAACACACGCAUUAAAAUGCUCAAGUACACCCCGGAACACAUGCACUGCCUGGCAAAUCUCUAUGGCCCUCUGGCGCCGCCCAGCCUGGGAGUGGUCGCCAUCAAGGACUGGUCCCGCGUGCCGCACUACCGCAUAUCGGCGACCGGCGUUGUGGUGGGCACCAACCAGGAGUUCAACAUCAAGAAGAAGCUCAAGGUGCAGGGAUACCCGUACAAGAUCAUGAAGAACACCGCGUUCAUAAAGGACAUGUUCACCUCCGAGUUGGAGGUGAUCAAGUGCCAGGGAUCGCGUGUGGUGACCGCGUCCGGGAUCCGUGGCGAGAUCAAGAAACCGGUGGGCAAAAACGGCUCAUUCCGUGCGACCUUCGAGGACAAGAUUUUGAUGUCUGACCUGGUGAUGCUCAAGGCGUUCGUGUCGGUGCGUACCAAGCGGUUCUUCAACCCGAUGGUUGACUGGGAGGCGUUCCGUCGCGUGCGGACGAUGGCCGAGCUGCGCACCGAAAGCGGCAUCAACCCCGACUCCGUUUACGAGCCCAAGGCGCUUUUGCGCAGGCCCACGCGCAGGUUCAAUGCCAUCAGGAUCCCGAAACCUAUCCUCGAGAAGUUGCCGUUCUCGUCCCGCCCGAAGGUGUACGAGAGCGACCCUUCAAAGGAGACCAUGGGCCACUCGGAGUACGAGGCCUCGGUCGCGGCGAUGAUGCAGCGGCUCAUGACCAUCCGCAAGAGCCGCCUCGAGAAGCGCAAGGCGGACCAGGAGAAGCACAAGGCGAAGCUGAUGAUCGAGGAGGAGAAACGUGCGGAGGCUGCCAAGGAGAGGCUGAAGAGCGUCAAGAAGCAGCGGUACAUGAAGCGUGGCAUGGCCGAGGCUGCCAAACGCGCGAAGAUGUGUCUGGAUUGA